AUGCCUAGCAUCAAAUUCCUGCUCUUUUUGCCUUGUUCCAACACAUCUGAAGACCUUUGCUUUGGAAACAUGAGCCCGUCUCCCCGCAGCAAAAGCAUAAGAAGCCGCGAGCGCGAGGCGCUGCCCAGCGAGAACCGCAGAAGUCGUUCUGCACGUGGAAUGAGCGCCGCGGCGGGCUCGGCCGGGCUGGAUAAGGGCAUGGGCGGCCGGCUGGGCGCUAGCGCUGCUGCUCCGCGCGCUGCCGAGCUCCCGGAGGAGGAGGGCUCGCUCGCCUCCAGCUUCCCAAAGCGGGGAAUUGCGGACGAGCCUUGGAGCGAGCCGUGGUACCACAGCGGAUCAGCAUCUCUUCCCAUUGUGUUGCAGGAGAUCAUCGUGCUGAAGGCUCCGCAGCAGCGUCCYAAGGGCAGUGGUAGUGACAGAGCUGCUAUAUUAAUAUUGUUGCUUGGGAAAGCUUUGCAGACGGGAUCACAGAGCUGGAAUAUGGACACGGUGCAGCACACAGUGGCCACGGCGGAGAUCCCCGACCACGCUCUUUACACGGUUGGAACGUGCGUCCUUGUCAUCGGCACUAUUGGCAUCAUCGGAAACCUCCUGGUUCUCUACGCCUUUUACAGCAACAAGAAGCUGAGGACGCCACAAAACUACUUCAUAAUGAACCUGGCUGUGAGCGACUUCCUGAUGUCUGCUUCACAGGCGCCCAUCUGCUUCAUCAACAGCUUGCACCGAGAGUGGAUUCUUGGGGAUAUAGGUUGUGACCUGUACGCUUUCUGCGGGGCGCUCUUCGGGAUAACCUCCAUGAUGACCUUGCUGGCCAUCUCCAUCGACCGCUACCUCGUGAUCACCAAGCCCCUGCGCUCCAUGCAGUGGAGCUCCAAGAGACGCACCGUGCAGCUCAUCGCCCUCGUCUGGCUCUACUCGCUCGCGUGGAGCGUGGCCCCGCUGCUGGGAUGGAGUUCCUAUGUACCUGAAGGCUUGAUGAUAUCCUGUACGUGGGACUAUGUAACCUACUCUCCAGCAAACAGAAGUUACACCAUGAUUUUAUGUUGCUGUGUGUUUUUUAUUCCUCUAGUAAUAAUAUUCCACUGCUAUUUAUUUAUGUUCCUAGCCAUAAGAAGUACUGGCAGAGAUGUUCAAAAGCUUGGGUCCUGCAGUCGGAAAUCCUACCUCUCUCAGUCCAUGAAGAACGAGUGGAAGUUGGCAAAAAUUGCUUUCGUGGCCAUCGUUGUAUUUGUCUUAUCCUGGUCUCCAUAUGCUUGCGUCACUUUGAUUGCCUGGGCAGGCCACAGCAACAUCUUAACGCCGUAUUCCAAAUCUGUGCCAGCUGUUAUUGCCAAAGCUUCUGCAAUUUACAACCCCAUCAUAUAUGCAAUAAUUCAUCCAAGAUACAGAAAAACCAUCCACAAUGCUGUUCCCUGCCUGAGGUUCCUCAUACGGCUGUCAAAGAACGAUCUCCUGAGAGGCUCCGUAAAUGAAUCUUCCUUCAGGGCUUCUCUCUCCAGUCACCAGUCUUUUGCUUUCAAGACCAAAAAUACUUGCGUUUCAUCGGUUUCCACGGGAGAGGCUACGUGGAGCGAUGUGGAGCUUAACCCUGUAGAGCCAGAUAAUAAGAAACUACAAGCUCACCGAAGUCACUCCUUUUCAACGAGCGUCAGGCAGGAGAAGAGGGACCCGCUCCCACAGACCCACAGCUGCAAUGCAGUAACUGCAGGAAAGGUUUCACUCUCCUCCAGCUGUUUAGAGAAGGUCGUGGGGCGAUCAGCUCUACACAGCCCCUCUGAAAUCCUUGUGGCCGGUUCCCUGAAAGCAGCUUCUCUACCUGUUGGUUUGAACAGCAGCAGUAUCAGCAAAGGAGGAGACGCAGCUGCUUCCCAAGUCGAAACUCAAAUUAAUGGAGGCCUGGACUCUAUCAUUAGCAAUACUGUCCCUCGCAUCAUCAUCAUUCCUACCUCUGAGACCAACCUAUUUCAAGAGGAACUGGAAAAUGAAGAGGAAGAGUUUGAAUUAUUCCACUUCAGUGACAAAAAGAGCAAUCUACUGGACUUAGAAGGGCUGAGCUCUUCCACAGAGUUCCUGGAAGCUGUUGAGAAAUUUCUAUCAUAA